AUGAGAGAAACCAAGCUUCACAUUCCCAUGACCACCGCCACGGGCGAGACCAUCGGCAUUGUCGGAAUCUUGGCUCAGAUCGCUCUGCCACCUCACAAUCCACAGGAACACGAACCACAUCCCAUGUACACCUCGCGUUCGACCACUGCAUCCAUCGAACCUCUUGAUCGAUCACAUUACGACAGCCGAUCAGACAUUUCGAACGAUCCCACCGCGUCCAAUCUCUUGCAAAGCAAUCACAACCGAUAUUCCUCUCGCAUCAUUGAAGAUGAUCCCGCCACAAUGCAAAGACUGCGACACAAGGACCAGGCGUUCAAACGUCGAGGCUACCCCAUCUAUCCUAUCGAUAAGCGAGACACACGAGGUCUCAAGAUUGCUAUCAUUCUUCACGGACUCUUGGCGCAUAAGGAUCAGAUCUACCACAAGCAACUUGCACGUGCACUUCCCGUCGACUCCUUCCGAUUCGAUUUCCGCGCCAAUGGAGAAACUCCGGGAACUUGGUCGAUGGGAAACCUGGCUGACGAUGUGGAAGAUCUCGUCGCGGUGGUGAAUUACUUGCGGACGAAGCUGGAGUACACGGUUGAAAUCAUCAUCGGACACAGUCGAGGCGGAUUGGACGGUUUUGCUUGGUUCGCAAAACACUGUCCGGAUGCCCUCCCACCUUCGCUUCGCGUACCCUUCUUCGUGGGACUGAGCGCUCGAUUCAACAUGGCCAACAUACACGAACGAGAUCCAGUCUACCUAUCAGCUUUCGCAAAAGAAGGGUUCUUCCGUUGGCAAGCACGCGUCGCCGGACAACAAAAGGAGUUGCACGUAUACCCAGAACAGGUGGAACAGUUUGCUGCAUGGCCAACGCGAGAGAUCGCUCUCGCUUUCCCAUAUCAUACCGACGUACUCUUGAUACACGGCACAGCGGACAAAUCCGUCCCAGCGUCUGACGUUACAAGUUAUGGCAACAUCCUAAGCGGUGUUCACAGGAGACCGGGCAGCUGCUCGAUCAAAUUGAUCGACCAUGCAGAUCAUUUGUUCAGAGGUUUCUACCCGCAGGUGGUCGAGGCGAUCGUCGAGUGGUUAGCGGAACGAUCGGAACUGACGAAGAUGGGGCUGAGCGCUGCAGCCAUUAGGGACAAGGAGUCGUUGGGAUUGGCCAGGUUCGAUCCGAACCAUUACGGUCAAGGCAGGGUGGUGGGCAGCCAAGUAUGGGACAACAAUCUCGCAGAGAGAAGAGCAAAGGAUGCAGCCGCUCAGGCGUCGCCAUGGCUGGACAAUAGCGGAACGAAGGCGGCUGAGGGUGUGUCGCCGUAUCAGAGGUACCUUGCUGCCAGCGUCGGUGGCCAGAGUCAACAGCAGCAGCAGGGUGAGGAACCGCCGAAGCAAAAGACCGAACUGGAGCAAGUUAAGGAGGCAGAGGAGGAUGCGGCAAAUACGACAAGAAGCCUCUCUGCGCUCGACCCGGCGAUGGAAGACACGGAAGAAGUUACCCCGGUGCCGCAGACACGCGCGGCCACUUUUUCUCAAGCACGGCUCAAUGCUGCAACUUCCAAGGUCGCUUCACCGUCUACGGACAGGUCGGCGCCCGUCCACAUCUCAAGAGACCUGCCCUCAAAAGCAGCUCCUACAGUCUCAGCAGACGACAACAGAGGUGUCUCGGCGCGCAUCUCGGUCUCACCUCCAAGGGCGAAAUCACGCUUGUAA